UCAAGCUCUCACCAGGCGACCUCCUCCACAGCUCCUCGAGACAGACAAAAACAACUCCCUCUUUAAUCGCAAACAUGUCUUCUCCAAAAGGACAACAAGUUGACCUCGCAAGCCUCACAACCCAACAGCUCAGCGCCGUCAAAAAGCAACUCGACGACGAGAUAGAGCACCUCACAAACUCCCACGCACAGCUACGCGCUGCUCAAGCCAAGUUCCGAGAAUGCAUUCGCUCCAUCGCUGGUGGCGUCAACCCGAAGCUUGAUGGCAAGCCGAUUUUGGUACCUCUCACAACCUCCUUGUAUGUGCCUGGAACUCUGGCGGACCCGGAAAAUGUCAUUGUGGAUGUCGGUACUGGAUUCUACGUGGAGAAGGUUUGCCGAAUAUGUCUUUCUGGAUGGGCGCGAUAUUGAUUCAAAUUAGACCACGAAGGAUGCUACAAAAUUCUACGAAGCGAAGGUUGAAGAGCUGGGUACCAAUUUGAAGGGCUUAGAAGCCAUAGUACAGGGGAAGUCGAAGAAUCUGUCAGUUGUGGAAGACGGUAAGUGAUAUUUCCAGGAGCGCUAAAGUUUCACUUAAUCAUAUUUUCUAGUUCUAAGGGAGAAGGUGCUGAGUAGCCCUGCUCCUUCUACGUCGGCAUCUGCGGCUUGAUCAUUUCAAUAAUCUACAAUAAGCGAACACAUCAAUACUCAAAUACCCCCCCGAUGACACAUGUCAGAAGGAUCAAAUGAUCUCAGCAUUUUCAAGAUGCGCAAAACAUUCAGCACCACGCCAUGAGCAUUCAAAGGUGUGAUCUGCGGGGGAAUAUGAAGGGAGAGAUUGAAGGAAAUAGAAAAUUGGCGGCCUGUGUCGAUAUGUACCCUUUUUCUGCUUCUGGUGCAUAUUUCGGGUUAUAAACUCAAAUGUGUCAUCGAUGACUGAAAAGCUACAUCAAAGUCAGAAAUUGAAACUCAGUGGAUUCGAGAAAGCUGUCUACGUACCUUCAACAAGUUGAAUUUCACGAGAUCUCUUCUUAAGUUGUAGCAGAAGUCUGGGCAGCCACAUGCUGAGCCGUCUUUGCUGCAUCUGCCAAGGCCUUAGUAGCAGCAGCCUCAGCCCUUGUAGCUUCCUCGACUUUGAUAGCCUUCACUACAUCAACUAAGAGACCUUGUGUGAAUGCUACCUCGUCAAGGAACGGUACAAGCCAUGCCGCUCGGCCAUUAAAUAAAUGGAUCAAGCCUGGACCAAAGUCGCGAACUCGAGUAGUACCCUCGAUGGACUCCAUCUGUGUAUCCCAUCCGGGAUGAAACAUAGAUACACUGGUCUUCAUGGUUGGUUCUCCUUUCAUGCGAUCUCCGAUCCAUUCUCGAAAGAUGGAAGCCUCAACGAAGAAGCCAGAGUCCAUUAACUUGUAUUGGAUAACACCUCGGACCACAAUACUUGUGAUUCUGAAGUCUCUAUUGAAUUCGUAUGGCUCUUCCGGGGCGGUUCUCAAUUCUGGGUACUCCAAGCCGUGGCGGUCCCUAAAUACUCUGGACUUGACCGAGAUAGACUUCUUAAUGAGGUCUUCCAAUUGAGACGGCACUACAAGUUGCUCGCUGUCUGUGAUGACCUCCAGUUGCCAAUCCAACUCUCUAGAACCAAUCUGUGAGCAGGACUUCCGACAAUCGAGCGUUUCUACAACAUACCUCUCAACAUCGAUGCAGGUUAUAUUCAAUCUCUUGUGCGUCUUAUCCUUGACGAAAAGCCUAACGGAGCCAGCCUGGAACUCGCUGUUCUCCUGUUCGUAGAAGCGAUCGAUCUCGGCCUCAAGUCGAAGUUCUUCCCCUGUGUUCGUCAGGAUGAAGAGGAUAGCGGUGUCUUUAAAUUUGACAUCGCUCAGUGAUACUGUACGGCCGCUGGCUGGUACGAAUUUGUCUGGCCAACUAACAAUCUUUUGGGACAACUUGAUAGCAGUUUCGGAUCCCCCAAUCCUGUGUCAUUGUUAGAAUAGGGACAACCGCGAUUGCUUCUGGGCACUGGGAUGUGCUUACUUCUUUUCAAAGCUGCCAACUUGACGUGGGUUCUUGACCAUCUCGACAAACUCUUCAAAUGAGUACUCGUUUUCGAUAAAUGGCUUUCGGAAGUUGCGAAUUGCGACAUGUCCAAAUGUGACUCGCAUUCUCAUCCAACCUUUCAGCGGCUCGAGGCAUUUCAGACCUGCCAUUAAUGUUGCCUGGAAUUCUCGCUGGUUUUGUGUCACCAUGCCAGGGCGUCUCGAUUUCCAUUCCAAUCUGUCAUCUUCAGUCAAGGGCUCACCAAAAAGCACGAAGCCCGUCGCUCUCAUGGGCGCCAAUACUUGAUACACUUCAGGCUUUACAAUUUUUCGCAUGGCUUCUGCGGUCGGAGGAACAAAUAUGUAAGAAGGAGUCGCCGAUAUUUCUCUCGCCUUUGCAUCCUGCACAGCUCGGCGAAUACCAUCAAAUACCGGCGUGAAAUCGGCUUUGCCAUCUCUUGAACUGACACGCAAGUACUGAGUAUUGUCGGUGGUGGUGACACACUCAAUGAAAACCUUGUGCUCUUUUCGGACUGCAAUUAAGGGUACAAGCUUGGGGCCAAACAAAUCGAUGGGUGUCUUCGUACGAUACGGCCAGAAAUAUGUUCCCUACGAGCGCAAUAUGUCAGCGGGUGCUCAUCGACUAUUUUCUUGUAUGGCGCUCACAACUGAAGGGAAGCCUUCAUCUAUAGGCGGAGCCCUUAAGUAUUGUUCACUCUCUUGUGUCGUUCUUGCCAUGUGUUCGUUGUAGGCCGCUCGCUUUUCAGUUACCAAUCCCGCUGGGUCAGCCCAGAUGUCUUUGGCAGAAGAUCGAUUUGUCGAACUCCGUGCUUGAGCAUUUCCUCGUAAGGUGCCACCUUGGGUCGCUGAGCGGUUGCGUCCUAGACUGUGAGUCAAUACCUUUCACGUGUUUAAUGAUUGCCGGUGCUGCACAAACCAGUCUUCUUAUCACCAGACGAUUGCCAACGACUGCUAGGAGGGACAUUCUCGCCAGAGCCUGCGGAACUUUCGUUACUGCCCGUGCCCGUGCCCGUAUUGGCCCGAUCUCGUCCGUUCUUCAGUCCAUUCGAUCUGAGGAACGAGCUGGACUGGCCACCAGGAGGAAGAUGGGAGCGGCCAGCAACGCCAACAUUAGGAAGUGUGCCAUUGAUGGGCGGUCCUCGACGAGCUGCACUAUUAUGAGGGAGAGGGUUCCGCGCUGCGUGUGUUCCAUUGAGAACCUGAUGCACAAUCGGUGAAGGACGAGGUUGAGUCGAUCCUGAGGCUUGCGAUUGCACCAUGGAGAUCAAUGUACCUUCAACGGCAGAAUGCCCUGAAGAUUGGCCAUUGUCACUUUGAGCGGAGGAGACCACGGAUUCCGUGUCGUUCUCCCAGUCUAGACACAUCUUGUUAGCAACAAUGAGGUGCUGCCCGAGAUGACAACAUACCUCGCGCAUUUCUGGUUUCCCAGCUGUUGAAUGUCAGCAAUUCCACUCACAACUUGGGGAACAGGCUGGUCACUUACUCCUUCAUCUUGUUGCAGAGCUGUGUGGAGAUACAAGAGCACUGUCGUGGCUCUGGUAUCAACUGACAGUGUUCUGGUGUCAAUAGGAAUCUCGUUGAGAGAAAUGGUUGUGGGCCAGCGGGGAAAAUUGAUCUCGUUUAUUUGUUGACACCGCGGUAACGAUAUCAGGACAACAACGGUCACGCCCCGCUAGUGAUUCACAGCUUUCGCUUCUAGAUGGACAUGGAUGAGAUAGCCAUUUGAAUGAAUUCAGAGAUUCAGGACUCUCUUUUGAUUACCUACUAGUUGCGCUUGCCCCAGCUGCGUGCAGGAAGUAGAGGCAGGCAAGGCCGCCAACUAGGAAAGAGCGUUUUGUUGGCUCUGUUGAAUCUGCUAUGAAGCUUUCAGGCUCUCUGGCUUCUUUGUGACGUUGAAUAUCCCUUUUAUGAGGGAGUGAGCAUCACCUUCGCCUAUCACUGCGACUUCGUGGACUGCUUUAUCCUUGUAGACGUAGUCACCUUUGACCAGGCCUUUGACCAAGUCUUCUUGGUGGUCUUCCUUCGGCCUGGCGUCACAUUGGGGUAUAGAAAGGCAUGUUCCUCCAGUGUUUCCACUACCAGUAGCUUCUUCCGCUUGAACAAAUCUGCGAGAGAAAGUGUGUGAAGAUCCUCCUAAAAAGUCUCUUUAGAUCUUGCCUAGAAUGAGAAUAUGUAGUUAUCUUGCUAAGAUCGAGGAGCGCUACUGCUAGUCUGUAGGUUUAUAAAGCAAGAUGGUGUAAAAUUUGGAUUAUAAUCCUUCGAAGAUUGAAUUUGAUAUUGUGUUUCACAGAGUGUGUUUUCCUUGAAUCUGAUAGGUUUAAACUCUUGUUAGC